AUGAUACUUUGGAUACUAAUGAGCAUAUCGGUGGGAUACAUCGAUACUGACAGUAACAAUAACAAUAAAAAUGAUAACAAUAACGAUCAACAACAACAACAACGUAUAGCAUCAUCUUCAAACUAUAGUAAUAGUCAUAGUAACAAUAAUAUUAGUAAUAGUAUAUUGAUAAGGAGUAAUAGUUUUAAUAAUAAUAAUAAUAGUAAUAAUAACCAGCAACAAAAUUGGAGGAAUGAUGGUGAUGAUUUAACAUUAGACUCCUUGUCAAUAAAUAAUAAUAAUAAUAAUAAUAAUAGAACGACUACAAGAUUAGUAUACGAGCCAAGAGCUAUUGAUAUAAGUAGUACGAGUAAUAUAACACAAAAUGAAACACCAAAUACAAGUUUUAUAAUGGAGGGAUCAUCAUUUGCAUAUGAUGGUGAUGACGACGACAGCGAUCUAGAUGACGAUCUAGAAGAUGAUGACUCUUUGGAAGAUAUUUACAAAACGACUGAUAGUAAUAGAGGUGGUAGCAGUGUUAGAGGAGGAGGAGGAGGAGGAGAAGACUGUUACGAACUAGACGAAACAGAUUUACAAAAUAUCGAUCACUACUUUGAAUUUAGUACACAAGACAGUGAAGGUAAUAUGGGUAUACCAAGUAAUAGUAGUAACAGUAACAAUAGACGACAACAAAUGGAUAAUAUUAGAGCUAGUCGUGAAGGUAUCAUUCAUCAUAUCAAUAUAAGAGGGAGUGUUGAUCAUUCUCAUUCUUCUUCUCCAACUAUAGUAAUAAUAAUAAUAAUGUUCCAUCAUCUCCAUCACGUCCUCCUCCAAAUAUUUUUUUCGACGACAACAACUGCGACAAUGAUGACAUCGUCAUUGGCGAGAAAUGUAUCUAUAUCCGACAUGGAAACAUUCUAUCAACAAUAUCUAUCAACCAAAUCAAAUAUUCAAAUCAUUACAAAUUAUCAACCUGAUCAACAACAUCAACAACAACAACAACAACAACAACAACAACAACAACAAAAAUCAACGACAUCUGAAACAAUUCAACAAUCAAUACCAAUACCAAAUACAAAUACAAAUGAUCAUAAUCAUCAUCACUCAUAUGGUCAUUCUAAUAAUAAUAAUAAUAAUCAAAAUGGACAACAAAUAUUAUGGUUUAAUGAUUCAAAUAGUUAUAAUGGUAAUAAUAAUCAUCAUGGUAAUUAUUAUGAAGUUGAAUUGGAUUUAUCAGAGAGUGGAUUAGAGGAAUUUCCAAUUAUAAUUCAACCAAAUCAUUACAAAAUUAUCGAUCUUUCACACAACUCGAUCAUGGAGAUUGAUGAAUCGAGUAUUAUAUCGGUUAAAGACCGUUUGGAGCAGCUGAUUAUGUUUAAUAAUCUAUUAUCGACGCUGCCACCUAUACUAUCGACGCUACGGCAUCUGACGAUACUCGACCUCAGUCACAACCAUCUCGAACAGUUGCCAGACGAUCUGGCAGGUGGAUUGGGGAAACUUAGGGAAUUCUACCUCUCGGGCAACUCGUUGACUCAAUUCCCAAAGGUACCAUUAUCACUUAGAAAGCUUGUCCUUGACAACAACCACAUUGAAACCAUUGAGGAGAGUCGAUUGGCACGUCUCACUCAACUCCAAACACUCGAUCUUUCCAUUAAUAGAUUAUCAGUUAUUCCCAAUAAUGCAUUGUCUAAAUUGACAGCACUCAAGGUUCUAACGUUGUCCAAGAAUGAAAUAACAGAGAUUCCAUCGUCACUAAGGUAUCUCACCAAAUUGCAUAGUCUUUCAUUUGACCACAACCAAAUCACAGAGAUGGCUGAAAAGACGUGGGUCAAGUUGACACGUCUUGCCAAGGUCACAUUUUCACACAACCGACUCCGAUCAAUCUCUUAUUCCAUCAACUAUCUCUCUUCACUGAUCGAGCUAAACGUUUCACAAAACCUUAUCGAACAACUCCCCGAAUCCAUUUGUUUUCUAUCUAGUCUUAAGAAACUAGAUGUCAGCAAUAACAACAUUAAAGAGUUGCCCGCUGAAAUUGGGUUUCUCACCAAAUUGGUUGAUUUACAAUUAUACAAUAAUCAUAUAUCAAAUUUUCCAAAAAGUUUUUUAAAGUGCAGAUCAAUAAGAGAAAUUGGAGUAGAUGGUAAUCCAUUACCUUCAUUUUAUCAUCUUGGCAUUAAAGCAAUUAGAUAUCAUAUAAAGAAUCCAGAUUGUGAUGAAAUUGAUCAAUCCAUGUUGAAUAGAAUCGAUGAUUUAAGUUCAUCACAUGGUAUUCCAACAACAAGUAAUCCUCGUCGUAAUUUUGAUGGUAGUGUUAAUUUAUUUGGAGGAGUUGGAAAUGGUGGUAAUACUGGAAAUAAUAAUAAUAAUAUGAAUUCAUAUCGUUCAUUAUAUCCAACAACAAACCCUUUAACAACUUCAUUAACAUCAUCAACACUUUCCUUGUCAUCAUCUACUGCUUCACUUUCAACUUCAUCAUCUUCUGCUUUUAAUUCAUUGUAUAAUAAUAAUCAAAAUAAUCAAAAUAGUAAUCAUAAUAACUAUAAUAGUAGUACGAAUAAUGUAAAUUAUAUAAUAUCGAGUAAUAAUAGUAUUGGUGGUGGUGGGGGAAGUGCCAAUGGUAACAACUAUAUUACUACAAGUUGUGAUAAUGAUAUGAUGUUUAAUUUAAAAUCAUCACAUAAUUCAUCCAAUCCAAAUAGUCUAAAUAAUAGUUUUAAUAUAAAUAGUAGUAUGGAGUUUAUUGAUCCUAUAUCACAACCAACAACAAGUAAACUAUCCAAUAAUAAUAAUAAUAAUAAUAAUAAUAAUAAUAAUAUUAAUUAUAUAAAUAAUAAUAAUAAUAAUAAUCAACCUUUAACUUUAUCAUCAUUAAAUGUAUCAAAUACAACUACUGCAACUAUAACAUCAUUGACAAAUUCAAAUUCAAAUUCAAUGAUAAAAAGAAGUUAUGAAUGGGAAAUUGAUUAUAAAGAAUUAGAGAUACGGGAAUUAAUAGGACAAGGUGGUUUUAGUACAGUUUAUCAUGGCUAUUGGCAAGGUAAAGAGGUAGCAAUCAAACAAAUAGAAUUACAAUCUUACAAGGCAUUGGAAGAUUUUAGAAAAGAGGUGGGUAUGCUAAGUAAGCUAAGACCACACGAAAACCUUUUAAAAUAUUAUGGAGCAUGUACCAAGGGACAGUAUAGUUAUAUUGUCACUGAAUACCUACCUCGUGGAUCACUCUAUGACAUCCUACAUCGUGAAGGAACAAAGGGAUUGGUCAAGAUUGAUAAUCAGCUGCUUCUAACCUUUGCUACUGGUGUUGCACUUGGCUGUUACCAUCUGUCUACCUAUGACCCACCAAUCUAUCACACCGAUCUAAAAUCAAAGAAUCUAUUGGUAACCAACAACCUAAAGAUCAAGAUUUGUGAUUUUGGUUUAGCAUCUUGUAAACAUAAAGACAACAAAUUGGAUGGUAGUCGAUUGGCCUAUGCCUUUUAUGCUGCUCCCGAAAUUUUAUCUUCAAAACCUUUUACUGAAAAAAGUGAUGUAUUUUCAUUUGGUACAAUAUUAUGGGAAUUGGUAACCAAUCAAAUACCAUUUGAUGUCACAAAUAAUACAAAUGUAGCAAAUGAAACAUCACCAACUGUUUCAUUUGAUAUUGAUGGAAUUGAAUUUAGAUUUAAAUUCAAGGGUAUUCAAGAAUUGGAUAUGGAUGAUGGAGUAUUACAUGAAUUGAAUAUUCUAGAUUAUUCUUGGAUUGUUAAUAUCACUGAAACUGAUGGUUUGACCGUUGGGGUGUAUCAACUCAACAAGACUAUGGUAAAUUCUACCAACAGUCAAGUUGAACAAGGGGGAUACAUUCCAUUCCAAUCACUUCAAGUUAUUGCAACCAUAUCAUUUUCACAACAAGCUCGACAAGUUGUAUUUGGUAGUCAAGUAGUUAAAAUCAAUCCAAAUGCAAUUAAACUAGUGGUCAAUGUAACUGGUUGGCAGUACACUUCCAAUGUUGCAACUCUCCGAUUAUUAUUUUCAUCACAAAUGAAUUUAAAUCAAUCUGUAGAAUACCAAUGUGAACAAAGGCAAAUCGGAUCACUCACCAAUGACUCUUUGGGAUCAUUAGAGUAUCUGAGAGUACUCAAAGACAAUAUUCAAUUCAAUGGUAGAUUUAUCGAUUUUGCACUAUCCGAUGGAAGAGAAGUCUAUUCAAAGACUGAACUAGUUUCAUUUGCACCAAUCGAAAGUUCCAAUACCAAUGACACUUUAUUACAACAACAAUCUAUUGUACUAGGUAUUCGUUUGCCACAAUGUCAAUCGUGUAUACUCUACCCAGACUUUUCAGCAUUGAUCGUUGAUACCACCCACAACGACAAUAAUCAAUGUUCACAACAAGAUUUAGAUGACAAAUGGAAAUUGAUUGUUGGUAUUGUGGUUGGCGUAGUUGGAGCAGUAUGUCUAUCAAUCAUCAUCGUCUAUGCUGUCAAAAGAUUAAAAAGACACUUGUUAUUGAAUCUGCAAUCAGCUAUUUUCUUGAUUCAACAAUUUGGAUGGAGAUCAUCACAAAGUCAAGCACUGUGUAAUGAAGCUGCUGGUUUCUAUUUUUUCACUUGUAAACUUGUUAAUAAUGCUUAUCACAUUACUACAAUUAAUGCACCAAACUAUGGAUUUAUGAAUGUUGGAGCACCAAAUAGUACAUUUACAAAAUUGGUAUUUCCUGGAUUAGUAUCACUGGACAUUACUUCUGGAAAUUCUUACACUUCAAUGAUCAACAUUUUAAAUUAUUUUACCGAUACCUAUCCAGAGUUGGUUCAAUUCAAUAUUGCAGAUAAUAGAAUAGACACGAUACCAGCUACAUUUUCAUUGGGAAUGCCAAAGUUAAUAUCUUUGAAAAUGUAUCUUCCAAAUCUACGAUACUUCCCAACAUUCAUUCCCAACACCAAUAUUUCUCAUUUCUAUGUGUAUGGAGUAUUCUCAAACCUUCCUCCCAUUACCCUUACCUACCCAAAGUUGAUGAUGGUACAGGCUAUUUAUUCUCCGACCAACGACGUUAUAAACUUGAACAAAGCAUUAUGUCCAGUUUUAAAUUUCGGAGAAUUUGUUAUUGGUAAUAAUGCAGGAAAGAUUACUAUCAAUACAGAUAUUGGUUUUCAAACUCUAGCAUGUAAAGGUACUACUAGUAUGGGACCUGUUAUUAUAUGCAAUGUAAACAUGACAAAUACCAAAGUUCUUAAUACUUUAACAUUGGAAGGAAAAACUUCAACCAUCACUCCUUGGGUUGAAGAUCCAUUAGAAUAUCCUGUUCUUUCUUCUUUAUCAAUCAAUUAUGGAGUACUUACAACGAUACCAAAACUAGCUUCCACUCAAAUAUCAACAUUAUCAUUAUCAAACAAUCUGAUUAAUACCUGGCCAACAACCCCAUUCCCAUCCAGUCUUUUGAUUGUUGAUCUUUCUAACAAUCCAUUAUCUGGACAGAUUGAUUUCGAUACAUUGUUUUUAAACAAUGUUGGAUUGACUCUUUCCGUCAAUAAUAAUACGAUUGUUGGAACUGUUCCACCUAGUUUUUGUAGAAAUAGACUAUUUAUUCAUGGCACAUCUAUAGCAACUAUUCCAGAUUGUUUUUGGUGUUAUCAAGGAGAUAAUAAUAUUAUUCAAACUACCAUUACAAAACCUACUGGUCUAUCUUGCAUUCCCGUUAUAAACAAUGCAUCAUUGAUUGUUACAAACCUAGGUAGCGCUACUGUCACUGGAAGCACUCUUGGGUGGGGUGUUACACCAGUUGCCAACAACCCAUCGAUUACUGCAAUCAUUCCAAAUGAAGUCAUGGUAUUGACUUUUCCAAAUUAUGCUGCACUCACUGCACCAGAAACCACCACUUUCAAAUUGCAAAGAAUCACACCCUCACUUACAGUACAAGCCAACAUGGUCGAAGGUGGAGUCAAAAUCAAUUACAUCAAGUUUUUACAAACCACCUUUACAACUAGCUUCUCGUUCCAUAUGCAACUCUACAACAACAGAUUUGCUCCAACCGUUGAUAUCAAUGGUGUAUCUUGUAAUGCCAAUUCUGCCAAUGCUACCAUGAUUACUUGUGAAACAGUGGAACCAGUCCCUGCCGGCCAGUAUACAGCCAAGGUUACCAAUGGUUAUUACACUCAAAGAUUUCCACUAUUUGUACCCAACUAUCCAACCAUUGAAACUAUUUCUCGUAAGGCUACCCCAGGAACGAUGAUUACAAUCACUGGAAACAAUGGAGGAUUUAAUUCCAAUUCUGUAACAAUCGUUUUCAACGAAGGUCUUGCCACGCAAUCCAGUGCCACUAUUUACAGAAUUCAAGACAACUAUAUGAUGUGUUUUAUUCCAGCCGGUCAACCAGGAGCAUACGGAAACACAACAGUCACCAUUACAAUCAAUACUUUUACUCGUGUUGCCUAUCACCUAUUCAAAACAUUGGCUGAAAUGGAGUGCGAGGUAUCAACCAACUUUUGUAAUGGUAAUGGUGUUUGUCAACCCGAUGGCAGUUGUCUUUGUAAUCUAGCCAAUUUCUAUGAUAAUUGUACAAAGGGAUAUCCAUCAAUUAGUUCAGGUGAUUAUGAUGCAAAUAAUCUAAAGAUGGUUUCAUUAUUUGGAAAUUUUGGACCAACUAUACUUCCCACGAUCAUUAUGGUCAAUAAGACUAUCCCAUGUUUGGUUCAAACUUCGACUCCAAUUACUAUUAAUUGUUCACUUGAUAUUGUACCACCAUAUGGUUUAUCAUCUGUUCAAAUUGAUAUCAAUGGAUUUAAUACAUCUUCUCAAAACUUGCUUCGUAAUCUUAAAAAUUCUGGCAACAAUCAAGGAAGUGGAGAUGGAUCAAGUCAAGAUAAUUCUCAAGAACAAGGAGGAGGAGGAAAAACACCACAAGAAAUUUGUUCUGAAAAUACAUCCGACUGUUAUGGAAAUGGAUUUUGUGAUGUUAAUGGUGAUUGUGUAUGCAAGGAAAAUUAUAAUCCUGCCGAUUAUUGUUUAACAAAAUUCACAAAUAAUACAAAUGUAGCAAAUGAAACAUCACCAACUAUUGAUUUUAAUAUUGAUGGAAUUGAAUUUAGAUUUGAAUUUAAGGCUAUUCAAGAAUUGGAUAUGGAUGAUGGAGUAUUAAAUGAAUUGAAUAUUCUAGAUUAUUCUUGGAUUGUUAAUAUCACUGAAACUGAUGGUUUGACCGUUGGAACUUAUCAACUCAACAAGACUAUGGUCAACCCAACCAUCCCUGACGCCAAUUCAACCGAUGCCGAGGGAUACACCCCAUUCCAAUCACUUGACGUUAUUGCCACAAUCUCUUUUUCAUCAAAAGCUAGAGACGUUCCAUUUGGUAACCAAGUCUUAAAGAUUAAUCCAAAUGCCAUUAAACUUGCCAUCAAUGUAACUGGUUGGCAAUAUCUAUCCAAUGUUGCAACUCUCCGAUUGUUAUUCGCUACCCAAAUGAAUUUAAAUCAAUCUGUAGAGUACCAAUGUGAACAAAGACAAAUUGGAUCACUCACCAAUGACUCUUUGGGAUCAUUAGAGUAUCUAAGAGUACUCAAAGACAAUAUUCAAUUCAAUGGUAGAUUUAUCGAUUUUGCACUAUCCGAUGGAAGAGAAGUCUAUUCAAAGACUGAACUAGUUUCAUUUACACCAUUUGAAAGUACCAAUGCCAAUGACACUGAAUUACAACAACAAUCAAUCGUCUUGGGUGUUCGUAUGCCACAAUGUCAAUCGUGUCAACUCGAUCCAGACUUUACACCAUUGCUAGUCGAUAGAAGCAAUGAUAAUGGAUGUGCAUCUGAAAAUGAUUCAAAGUGGAAAUUGAUCGUUGGUGUUACCAUUGGUGGUGCUGCUGCCGUAGCCCUUGGUGUCGGAUCUGUCAUUUUAACCAAAAAGAAAUUAAAAGAAUCUGCCUACAAGAAAAAGAUGGAAAGAGUAACCCAAAAAAUGAAUAAUAUGAAUUAA